UCGAGCCAGCGCUGAGUGGAGCCUGUCUGCCAACAGCUUCAGCAGCGGCUCUAUCUGGAUCCUACAACACUCACUGACAAUUAAAGGAGGCCCCUUUUUCUUCUUAUUCCCGAGGACUACUCUUCACCAUGGGCGACAAAAAGAGCCCUACCAGGCCAAAAAGACAAGCCAAACAGAGCGCAGACGACGGAUACUGGGACUGUAGCGUGUGCACCUUCAGGAACACCGCCGAGGCUUUUAAAUGCAGCAUCUGCGAUGUGAGGAAGGGCACAUCCACAAGGAAACCCAGGAUCAACUCCCAGCUGGUUGCCCAGCAGGCGGCCCAGCAGUACCCCAUGCCUCCUCCACCCAAGAAGGAUCGGAGGGAGAGGAGCGAGCGUCCAGAGAAGGAGCGCCCGGAGGGAGAGGGAGAGCGGGAGCGAGAGCGAGAACGAGAGCGAGAACGAGAACGAGAGCGUGCCAAUGGCGUGGGACGCCCGGAGGUUGAACGUCCGGAGAGAGUGAGGCCAGAGGUGGAAAUUCCUGAGGAAAAGAGUGAGAAGGAGCAGCCAAUCAAAGACAAACCCGACAGAGAGAAGGAAAUCAUCCCAGCCGUCACAAAGAAGCCCAACAGCAAAAAGACCAGACCUAAAUCAGAAAACCACCAGAGCCCACCCAGCGACAAACACAGCAUACAGUCUGGCAAAUCAGCAACCAAGACCAACAAGAACUCUCAUAUUUCCAGACCCAAACUGAAGAACAUCGACAGGAGCACCGCCCAGCAGCUGGCCAUCACUGUCGGGAACGUGACGGUUAUCAUAACAGACUUUAAGGAGAAGACCCGCUCGUCCUCCACGUCCUCCUCCACCAUCACGUCCAGCGCAGGCUCCGAACAGCAGCACCAGAGCUCCGGCUCCGAGAGCAUGGACAAGGGCUCGUCACGCGCCUCCACACCUAAAGGGGAUCUCUCUGUGGGGCAUGACGAGUCGUUCUGAAUACCCCCACACACACACACACACAUACAUACACACACGCACACAUGCACACACCAUCCCGUCCACACCUGCCCCCACUCUCCCACCUAUAUCCCCCCCCCUCCCCGUUUUUGGACACUAAGGAUCCCACUGAGGGAGAGAUUGCAUCUUUCCCAUUGCUGCCCCGCCUCCAUUCCAUGAGCCACACCUGGAUGCUGAGAGGAUCUGGCUGGCUGCGAGGAUCAGUGCGGUGCGACUGUCGGGGAAAACAAACGCCCCCGCUUGGAGAACUUACACCGGCGGCACAGGCGAGGAGAGCUGGGCUACAAAGAAUAACCCUCCCCUCCCCCCUUCUCAUCCCAUCCUCCUUCUGCGGUAGCAUCCAGACACUUGUAUGUAUUGUUUUAUAUUUGUAUGUGGAUGUGAGGCCAAGUCGACUUUUUUUGUUUUUGUAAAGAAGAAUUCUUCGCCGGGCACAAUAACCACCAUCAUUUUAAUAACUUUAAACUAUUAUUACCCUUAUUUAUUACCCGUUGCACCUGUAUACUUUGAUAUUCUUCUUUUUAUGUUGAAGCUUAUGCUGUGUAGCUCUGCCGAUCGAUUUGUUCCUUCAGUGUUUUUAUUACAGUUUGACAAUGAUAGGACAAGACUCAAGUCACAAACGAACACACACACACACACACCUACACUCGGACACAGACAGACACACACACACACACACACACACACUGGUGCUAGAUACACUGUGAAGCGGAUUUGCAGAUCUGGGAUUGCCCAUUCACUCAAUGUGACAAAGUGCUGAUGAAUCAAAUUCUCAUUCACUUUUUUCAACAACACUGUCUCACCUCGAACACUGUCUGGACCUCCAUCAGGUCCGUCUGCUCCUCCUGUACAGUUCAAUGUGCAUCAGAGGAAUAAUCACACCUGACCUUUUUCAACACGACUGUCUGGGAUUUCGUACGCUAUAUCAGAUCUCCUUAGGGCUGCAGCGAUUCAUCGAUUACUAUUAACCGCCGAUUCUUAAAUAACCCAUUCAUUCAGUCUCGGAGUGUCUUUCCGAAGAAUUAGAAGAAGCUCUCUGAGUUUUGCACUUCGUAAAUGUGAAUAUUGUUUCUUUGCCCCUUAUAACAAAGAAAUAAUUCAAUGGGAAGCACCGAUCAACAUUUUUCAACAAUUUCAGACGUUUUAUAAACCAAUCAACCAGUUGAUUAAUUGAGAAAGUAAUCGUUGGUUACAGCCCUAGAUCUCUUAUGCAGGAUCAUAUGUCCUAAACUGUACAAUGUCGGCGGUGGUGUAAAACACUAAAAAGCUGUUGGUAUUUUCUGCAUUCCACAGUGAAAUACUGAGUUUUUCUUUUCCUGGCUGAAGGUAGAGCUGUCCUCUCAUCACCUGAGUCAUGUUUUUUGUUUUUUUAUUAUUCUGUUGUAACUGAAGGAUGGUUACGCACGGUUCCAUGUGGUGAAACUGCAUCGACCUGUUGUGUCGAGCUCUUUGUAUAUCAAUUUUCCUUUCCAGUCUGCACCCUGUCCACCCGAUCACCCCAAGAAAACAAGUGCAAAGAUGUGAACACGUUACAAAGAUCGACUAUUCAAUUGACAAUUUUUUUUUAAUUAAUAUUAUUAUUGUUAUUAUUAAUUUAAGACUCCUGUCAUUGAAGGCAAAAUAUUACAUUAGUUAAUAGAACAUAAUUGCUCUUUUCAAGUUUUAGAACAGCAAAGCUUAUUUAAGGGUUUUAAUUCACUUUCUCAUUAGUUAAUACUAGACCAACAUAAUUUCCUUUUACCUGUAUGAAAUUGUAAAAAGAAUAAAUGUGUAUAUGAUAUCUUAGUUUUAUUUAUUGAAGGACCAAAGGAAUUUCAUGACAUGAUACAUAGACAGAUGAAUAACAAUUUGAAAAAUGCAAUUAUCUAAUGUGAUGAGAUGAAUAACUAAGUUUAAAUAAAGACUAAUAUAAUCCAUGUAAAUGGCGUUCUCAUUGUCCCUUUAACCCGGAAGAACUCCAGUCUCUGCUCUCGCUGGUGAGCGCCGGCACCUGAGAAGAGCUUUGUCUCUUUUGUCUCGGCAGCAAACCUGCUCUGGACCACUGCCCCUGUAAAACAGCACGCCUCAGCCUCCCAGAGCAGCUUAAACCAGGUGUCCCAGGAAACUCCUGUGGAACAUGCGAGCGACAGGAUUUUCAUGUGUGCCGACUUAAAAAAAGAAAGAAAAAAAAAAAGAAAAAGCCCUGCAGGUUCACAAGUAUGGAUGAUUUUCACCGGUGUUGUAAAAGCAAAUGUUUCUUGUCCAGGAGAUUCGUGUUUAUAACUUUUGUUCUGCUCUUAAGUGAUGGUUAUGUAACUAUGUACAUUAUUGAAUACAAAUAUGGAAUCGAUGUUCAAAGUGCGGGGGAAAGCAUUGUGAACCGGUGGGACUGCUGGGUCACAAGAGGGAAAUGUUUGGUCCAAUUUUGACUGAGAAUAAAUAAACCCUUGCUUUGUAAUGCAAUCUGUUAUUAAUGGGCCUGAGAAGCCAUCUUUUUUCACCUGCCUUAUCUGCAACCAUUCACUUGACUGAGAACUCCGACAGAAAGGAUUCAUUGUUAAAUUAUUGAGAAAUGGCCAUUUGCUGAGUAUAUGAAUUAUUGCUUGUAAAUAGAAUUUUAAAAAGGUGCAAAAGCAAACACUAUGAAUAAUGGCAUCGGAGCCGACGUCUUCUUUUUUUGUUUUUUUCCGUUUCCUGUUUCCUUUCCGCGCAAGCAGUUCUGUUCUUGUGUGCGACCAGUAACCUUAAUUUACUGUGUAAAGAUGGUUACAUUUUUUAGCUUUGUUUUGUCAGAGACCCAAAUAUAGAAUGCUUGUUUUAAUGACUGUAUAACCUUAACCGUGAAUUUCCAAUUAAGUGUAUUAUACAAACUCAUUUCUUCCUAUAACGAUGUCUUGUACAAUGCUUUUAAAAGUUAAUGCUCGGUUUAAAAGAAAAUGGAGAAAAAUAUUGUAGGGACAGUACAAUAAUCCAUUCUUUGUUUAACCCAGUUUUAAUUUUCUUUCCUUUUGUUUUUAUUUUUGUUUUUAUUUGUUUUUGUUAAGUUAUAACUGAUGUGUCAUUGUUUCCCCUUGUGAAAUGGUCACAUUUUGUUCCUGGUGUGGAAAUGUACGCAGCAUUUUCAGCAGUUCACAGCUCCUUGUCUUAGCUUAUAAUGUUAAAAAUAAUACAUGUUUCUGGCAUGUGCACGACUUUGCGCUUAUAGGCUUACCUGAUCAUUUUCCUCUGCUUCAAAUAGAAAUGUCUAUUUAUGAAUUUUGCUUGUAGUUUUUCACAAAUAAAAUUGUUAAAGUUA